ACAGAGAUAAGCCAUAGCUCUUAUGAUGCACAUCUCUCCCUCUUUCCCAUUUCCUGUCUUCUUACUUACCCUUGUAAUUUGUGCAUCAUACACAUCCUCUACGAUACUGGAUAUAUAACUAUAGCUCCGUCAUCGCGCUCAGUAUGACUCAUGCAGGCUGGCAACAGCUGGCAGCUGCGAAGCGCCAAUCGAUUUUAGACGCAAUCCCUGAGAAAUGGAGGAUUCAGAGUCCCAUCCCCACGGCGGAAGAGUUACGCGAUGUAACUGGCCCCUAUAUACAACAGUUCCUGACUCCCCGGGAGAUCGAAAUCACCGAAACCGACGCCUUGGGGAUCACAGAAAAGACCACGUCGGGAACUUGGUCUGCCGUCGAGGUGACAGAGGCCUUUUGCCAUCGAGCGGCGCUUGCUCAUCAACUGGUAAACUGUUUGCAUGAAGUGUUUUUUGACGCUGCGAUCGAAGAUGCGAAACAGCUCGAUGCUUACUUCGCGGAACAUGGAAAACCCACUGGUCCAUUGCACGGACUACCGGUCAGUUUGAAAGACCAGUUCCAUGUUAAAGGGGUCGAGACUACGAUGGGAUAUGUCGGGUGGAUUGGCACGUUCCAAGGACAAAAGAACGACCCCCGGAGUAAAGUGUUUGAAAGUGAACUUGUCCGCGAGCUUCGAAGCCUAGGAGCUGUGCUGUUCUGCAAGACCAGUGUUCCCGUCACCUUGAUGACUGGUGAAACGGUCAACAAUAUCAUCAAAUACACCACCAAUCCGCACAAUCGACUCCUCUCCUGUGGGGGAAGCUCGGGAGGUGAAGGGGCGCUCAUUGCGUUGAAGGGCUCCCCGGGAGGAUUCGGUACAGAUAUUGGCGGGAGCGUUCGAAUCCCGGCCGUAUUUAAUGGGCUUUAUGGAUUGCGUCCGUCAGCGGGCAGGGUGCCGUAUGAGGGUGCGGCGAAUUCCAUGGAUGGCCAAAGUACAAUCCUGUCGGUCAUCGGGCCUCUGGCGGCCACUGCACGCUCUCUCAAGCUGCUCUUCAAGGCGGUUCUCAGUCAGCAGCCAUGGUAUCAUGAUCCCUUAGUUCUGGAAUUACCAUGGCGGGAUGAGAUCGAAAAAGAGACACGCGCCCUAAUUGAGAAGUCCAAAUCAGGAUCUUCUCCGCUUGCGUUUGGCCUCAUGAACCACAAUGGUGUCGUGCGGCCUCAUCCUCCGAUAGCAAGAGCCAUGAAGAUUGUUGAACAGACUCUGACACGAUUAGGACAUAAGAUUAUCGAAUGGAACCCUCCCUCUCACGCAAUUGCGCAUCAAUUAGCCAGGGAAACGUAUAACCUCGAUGGGGGAGCCGAUCUCGGUCAUCAUUUUGGUCUAUCGGGGGAAGAUCAGCCUUACCAAGUGAUUGUGGAACCCGGGCCUCAAAAGAGUGCCUCUGAGAUUGCUGUACUCAACGUGCAAAAGCGCGAGUAUCAGAAGCAGUACAUGGAUUACUGGAACAGCACAGCCGAGUUGACUGGUAGCGGACGACCAGUCGAUGGGGUUAUUUGCCCUGCUGCGCCCCAUGCUGCGGUGUUACCCUGCAAAUACGACCAUGUUGGAUAUACCUCCUUCGUCAACCUCCUCGACUAUACGAGCGUUGUAUUCCCGGUGACUCGAGCGGAUAAAAAUAUCGACGUGUCUCAGCCAGGAACGGGUUUCUUGAAUGAAAUGGACCAAGAAGUUCACGGUCAAUACGAUGCUGACGCUUAUGACGGCGCACCUGCCGGGCUGCAGCUCAUUGGGCGACGCCUUCAGGAAGAAAAAGUGCUUACAUUGGCUGACUAUAUUGGUGCUAACGUGCCCAAAAGCCCGUAGCUUGAGGGAACACAUGUUUGGCGAUCAGGGUGACGUGUUUGACGGGCACAACGGAGGGAUAUGGAGACAGCAUGACAGCAAUUCCAUCCGGUAUACUGACAUGUUGAGGAUUCUUAUUGGUCUGAACAUUCCGUGCUUGUGAUACUCGACGCGCAGUUCUAAUCGACGAGCACUCGCAGGACAGGUUGAAUGCGUCGAGAGUUAAUCAUAGCGGAUUCUAGAGCAAAUCAUCUGAGCAGACGUAA